AUGGCACUGACGGCUUCAUGGACAUCGUUUCUUAAGUCCAUCACAUCUUUCAAUGGUGAUUUGUCCUCGUUGACAGCGCCUCCCUUCAUCCUUUCCCCCACAUCCUUAGUCGAGUACUCCCAGUACUGGGGAGAGCAUCCGGAGCUCUUGUUGGAGCCCAACUUUAUCAGGGAUGACACUACUAAGGAAUCGGAAAAGGCAAUGGCUGUCAAGAGAAUGAUUGCUGUUACCAAGUGGUUUAUCUCUACGUUGAGGUCUCAGUACUGCUCUAGAAACGAGAGCAUGGGCUCCGAGAAGAAACCAUUGAAUCCAUUCUUGGGAGAGGUGUUUGUGGGUUCUUGGAAGGACGAAUCGAAGGAACAGAAGUAUGGCGAUACCAUUCUCUUGUCUGAACAGGUUUCCCACCAUCCACCGGUUACUGGGUACGCGAUUAGUAACGAGAAGAACAACAUACUCUUACAAGGGUACAACGGGAUCCGUGCCACCAUCAGCACCGCGUCUAUCAGCGUGAGACAGUAUGGCCACGCCAUUUUGGAAUAUAAGGACCUUAACGAGACGUACUUGAUCACGUUGCCACCAUUGCACAUUGAAGGGCUUAUCACCGCUGCGCCAUUUGUCGAAUUGGAAGGCACUUCGUACAUACAGAGCUCCAACGGAUACAUUGCCGUGAUUGACUACUCGGGCAGAGGCUAUUUCAGCGGUAAAAAGAAUACUUACAAGGCACGCAUCUAUGCUGACAGGCUUGCCAGCGCCGAUAAGGAGAAUGCGUUAAUCACCAUUAAUGGCCAGUGGUCUGGCAAGUCAUACAUAGCCAAGGGCAGCGAGAGAGCCUCGAGCAAGGGCGGCGAAUUGUUCUACGAUGCAUUGGCCAAGACGCCAGAACAUUUGCACGUGAAGCCUAUUGAAGAGCAGCACAAGUUGGAGCUGAGAAAGGCGUGGGAGAAGGUUGCAGAGGCGAUUCGCAAGAGUGAUUACGAUUUAAUUCAGCAGGAGAAGUCGCUUAUUGAGAAUGAACAGAGAGAUUUGAGAAAGGAAGAAGCCGCCUCGGGCAUUAAAUGGGAGACCAGAUGGUUCGACAGUGUGGAUCUCAAGGGAGGCAGCGCUGGAGACGAUCCCUUGUUGAGUCUAGCCAGUGUGGCCAACCUCUCAGUGGAUAAUGUUCCUUCGGGUACGCUUCGUGGAUCGAAGAAGGAGACAGGCGAGGCCAAGCACUGGCGUGUGAACUUGGACAAGUGGAAGAGUGAGAAGGAGAUACGAAUCUAG